AUGAAUCGAGGAAUCCUAUUGAGCCAAUUCAAGAGGCUAUACUCUUCCUGCGCUUCCAAAACGGUGCCCCUGUCUUUCACCAAGUACGAUGUUCCUCCAAAAAAUAAAUUAAUUAGCAGAAAACAGCCCCUUAUCAUCUGUCAUGGCUUAUUUGGUUCCAAACAGAACUGGAGGUCAUUAGCAAAAUCCAUUAGUUUGCAAUGUAAUUGCGAAGUGUACACCAUUGAUGCUCGAAAUCAUGGCGAAAGUCCCCACAAUGAUCAUCACACAUACGAUUUGAUGGGAAGCGAUUUAAUUCAAUUCAUUCAAGACCACAAUAUCGAAAAUCCCAUGUUGAUGGGUCAUUCCAUGGGGGGCAAAGUUAUGAUGAAUGUCUCUUUAAGACAACCACAGCUCCCAUCCAAGCUCAUUGUAAUUGAUAUGGCACCCAUCAAGCUUCAGCUUACUCGAGAAUACUCGGACCACAUUGAAGCCAUGCGAGAGAUUCAAUCUAAACAGCUCACCAAACAAAAGGAGGCUGAUGAGAUCUUGCAAAAGUUCGAACCUGAUUUGAUUGUACGUCAAUUCUUACUAACCAAUCUCAAAAAGUCCAGAUCUACAGGCGUUUAUCAAUUUCGAAUUCCAUAUGACACCUUGGGGCAUGCCUUGAGUCAGAUGGGCGGGUUCUCCUUCGAGAUGCAACCUCUGCCUGAAUCAAGACAAUAUCAAGGUCCCACUUUAUUCAUCACUGGCGGCAACAGCCCCUUCCGCAAGCAAUUUGUGGAUCAUCCAGAGCUGAUCAAAGCUCAAUUCCCAAAUUCUGUAAUCCAGAAUAUUGAAGGCGCAGGACAUUGGGGUAAGAAAAGCACAAAAUGUCUAGUAUUUGUAGUCUAA